AUGAAGUGGGUAACCUUUAUUUCCCUUCUCUUUCUCUUCAGCUCUGCUUAUUCCAGGGGUGUGUUUCAUUGAGAAGCAGACAAAAGUGAGAUUAUUACUCGAUUUAAAGGACUGGGAGAGCAACAUUUCAAAGGCCUGGUACUGCUUACCUUUUCUCAGUAUCUCCAGAAGACUGCAUAUGAUGAUGUUGCAAAAUUCACAACUGAAGUGACUGACUUGGCAAAAGCAUGUGUUGCUGAUGAUUCAGGGGCAGAUUGUAACAAACCACUUGAUACUAUCUUUGGAGAGAAAACAUGCACAAUUGCCACUCUUCGUGAUACCUAUGGUGAGAUGGCUGACUGCUGUGAUAAACAAGACAUUAAGAGAUACCAUUGCCUUGUAAAGUAUAAAGACAAGAAACUCAAUCUGCUUUUAUAUGAAAUUUCCAGAAGACAUCCUUACUUCAGUGGCCCAGAACUCAUUUACUUUGCUGAAAAAUUUAAAAACUAUCUGACAGAAUGUUGCCCAACUGCUGAUAAAGGAGAAUGCCUGACCCCAAAGUUAUUUCCUAAAAAGAAGAAUAAAAGAACCAGUUCAUACAAAUAUAAAUUCAAGUGUAGCAUUAUUGAGAAAUCCGGAGAAAGAGCUUUCAAAGCAUGGGAAGUAGCUCRUCUAAGCCUGAGAUUUCCCAAAGCUGACUUUACUGACAUAACCAAAAUGGCAGCAGAUCUUAACAAAAUCCACAUGGAAUCCUGCAAGGGUGAUCAGAUUGAAUGUGCACAUGACAGGGUAACCCUUUUCAAGUACAUUUGYGAUAAUCAAGAUACAGUCUCCAAGAAAGUGGGAGAAUGUUGUGCUAAGCAGGAGUUGGAAAGAUCCCACUGCAUUGCUGAACUGGAAGAGGAUGACAAGCCUGCUGACUUUCCGUCAGUAACAGCUGAUUUUGCUGAGGAUAAGGAUGUUUGCAAAAACUAUGCUGAGGCAAAAGAUAUCUUCUUGGGCACGUUUGUGUAUGAAUAUUCAAGAAGGCACCCUGAGUAUGGUUCCCUCUUGCUGCUGAGAAUUGCCAAGGCAUAUGAAUUUGAUAUGUCACUUCUUUGGGUGCGUGGGAAAAUGAGUGUUCAUGGAAAACCUUCAAUUUUACCUCUUUUGAAUUUCUGCUUUCCUUCCUGUUCUUCAGCUGUCUGCAGUCCUGAAUUCAUUGUGUGUAUAAUGCGUGAGAAGAAUCCAGUGAGUGAAGUCACCAAAUGCUGCUCUGAGUCCUUCCUCAACAAUGGACUAACCCUAACCCUAACCCUAACCCUAACCCUAACCCUUUCCGCUCUACAAGUUGAUGACACAUAUGCUCCCAAAGAAUUUAAUGUUGAAACAUUCACCUUCCAUGCAGAUAUAUGCACACUUCUGGAGACUGAGCAACAAAUCAAGAAUAAAUGUGAGCAAGCACUUGCUGAGCUGGUGAAACACAAGCCCACAGCAACAAUGGAUCAACUGAAAACCGUGAUGGGGGAUUUCGGAGCUUUUCUAGACAAGUGCUGCAAGGCUGACGACAAGGAGGCCUGCUUCUCCGAGGAGGACCCAAAAUUGGUUGCUGCAAGUAAAGCUGCCUUAACAUAA